AUGAGCCCAAUAGCCGGAUCCGCAUGCUCCGAUGAGGAGGCGGACAGCGCGGCUGAGGUGCUGCUGCACCUGGCGGCAAGCGAUGGAGGGGCCAACAGCGGCAGCCUGACACGCAAGCGCAGGCACGCGAGCGGCACUAAUCACAAGGCACAGCCGAAGGCCCCCGGCGGCCACGACGCCGUGCCACAGCGCGUCAGCUGCACGCGCGCCCCCGUCAACGAAGGCGUCGGCGGCGGGGUCAGCAGCGGCGAAGAGGCGUCGUCCUCCCCCUGCUGCCGCCAGGUCAGCAGCGGCGACGGCGGCGGCCAUGAGAGCCAGCAGCGGCGCGACAAGGAUUGGGCGGCGCUGACCACGUGGAUCCGCAUGAACCUGCACCAUCCGCGCACUGCCAAGAAGCUGGUGCUGUUCGUCGGCCGCCGGCACCCCGCCACCGGCGCCUGGUCCUUCGACCUGGACCCGCGGCUGACGUGGGAUGACGUCAGCGAGGAGACGAAGAGGCGCCUCAGCUUGCUGCCCGAGGAGGCCGCCAGGACCUACGCCCGGAAGUACCCCCACCGGGCCCCCGGCGGCUGGACCCGGCGGCCCCAGAAGUAUGCCGCGCCCGGCGGCGGCGCGGGCGGCGUCGUGCCGCUCGGGGAGCUGCGGCGCGGACCUUAA